CCUGUUAGAUUUACUACAACAACACAUUUUAUGGAGGGGAAAAAACGACUGAUACAUUUACAACACGCUAUAACGACAAGGCCCUGAUUGGAUUCCUGGCAUUUUUAAUUACAAUCACAUCUCUGGCCCUAAUCUUUGUCCUUAUUAAAAUCUACAAGCUACAAAAGAAAUCAUCAAGUUACAGUGAGGACAUCAUCCCUCUAACCAACCCAGAUGAUGAGAAGCAACUGCUGAACAUUGAGCCUAUUCCAGUGGAGCAACUUCUUGACACAUACAAGAAGAAAAAUGCAGAUGAGGGACGGCUGUUUCUUGAUGAAUUUCAGAGUAUCCCACGUGUUUUUAGCAAAUUUCCCAUUAAAGAAGCCAGAAAACCCUGCAAUCAGGCUAAAAACCGUUAUAUUGAUAUUUUGCCUUAUGAUGACAAUCGAGUGGUCUUGUUUGAAACACAUGGAGAGCCUGGGUCAGACUAUAUCAACGCCAGCUACAUCAAUGGAUUUAAGGAACCAAGAAAAUACAUUGCUGCUCAAGGCCCUAAGGAGGAAACCAUGACUGAUUUUUGGAGAAUGAUUUGGGAACAGAAGUCAACAAUUAUUGUGAUGGUGACGCGUUGUGAGGAGGGCAAUCGGAAUAAAUGUGCUCAGUACUGGCCAUCAGGUGAUGGAGAAACUGAAGAGUAUGGGGACAUUGGGGUGAAACUCACAGACCAGAAAUUCUUUCCUGAUUACAUCACCCGGAAGCUCCACGUCACUCAUAAACGAGAGAAAACAGGACGAGACAUCACACACAUCCAGUUUACAGUUUGGCCAGAUCACGGUGUGCCUGAUGAUCCCAACCUACUGCUGAAAUUGCGUCGGAGGGUGAAUGCUUUAAGCAAUUUUUUCAGCGGCCCAAUAAUUGUUCAUUGCAGUGCUGGAGUUGGACGUACAGGAACCUAUAUAAGUAUUGAUGCCAUGUUGGAAGGUCUGGAAACAGAGGGCAGAGUGGAUGUUUAUGGUUAUGUGGUACAGUUGAGGCGUCAACGCUGUCUUAUGGUCCAAGUUGAGUUCCAGUAUAUAUUUAUACACAAAGCUUUGGUGGAAUACAAUCAGUUUGGGGAAACAGAAUUCAGUAUGGCUGAACUACCACUAGUCCUCAAUAACUUGAAGAAGAAUGAUCCUGCUUCUGAACCCUCUCAGCUAAUGUGUGAAUUUCAGAGAUUACCAUCAUAUAGAAACUGGAGACCGCAAAAGAUAGGAAACCAUCAAGAUAACAAAGAUAAGAAUCGCUUCUCCUCAGUUGUUCCUUAUGAAUUUAACAGUGUUCAGAUCAAGACUGAUGAAGAGCCAGAACAGGAAGUAACCGAGGAUUCUGAAAUGUCUUCGGAAGUUGACAGUGACAAUGAUGAGUCUCUAUACAUCAAUGCCUCAUAUAUAACCGGAUACUGGGGAACGCGAGAGAUAAUUGCUGCCCAAGCACCACUGAAAAAUACUCUGUCCGAGUUCUGGCAAAUGGUUUUCCAAAGGAAGACCAAGGUGAUUGUUAUGCUAUCAGCACCUAACCAGGAGAACAAUGAAAAUAGCUGUGCUCCUUACUGGAAAGAGAAGAGCAAGACUUAUGAUAAUCUUCAGGUGGAGCUAACCAGUGAAAAAUCACAUGGCAGCUAUACUGAACGUUGUUUUGAGAUCAGGCAUGCUAAGAGGAAAGAUAUAAGAAAAGUGUCUCAGUUCCAUUAUGAACAGUGGGGGGAAGCUAUUCCUGUAGAGACCAAGCAACUAUUGGAUGUGAUUGACAAGAUUAAGAAGAACAUUCCAACUAAGAGACAGGAGGAACAGACUAGGCAUGACAAAUCUGUGCCGCUUAUUGUUCAUUGC